GAUCGCGUGGAGUCCCCAGCGGCCGAGUCCCAAACGGUCCGCCUCCUGGGAGGUUCCGAGGCGUGACACGGCGCGGGGAGCGCGCUGCCGGGCUCCGAGAAACCCUAGUACGUUUGGGGACUCGAGCCCAGCCGGGAUUCGGAGUCGGUCCGUGCGGGACUCGCCGGGGCCGGGGGCGUCCGGGUCCUGGCGGCGCAGGGCCGCGCAGCCUCGCGGGGAGAGGAGCGCCCGGGCCGCGGAGCCUGGGAGGAGGCGGCUGCCCGGCCGGGUGCCCCAGAGCGACGCGGCCUCGGGAGAGAAGGGCUGCUCGAGGCAGGGACGGCAGGCCCUGAGCGCCCGGAGCUGCCAGUCAGGGGAGGGCGGAGGGGCCGCACCCGCCGCAGCGGCCUCGCGCCCAGCAGGCGUCUGUGAAGCGGGUUGUUGGAGCAGAAUUCCCGGGCCUUUCCAGAGUGCAGCCCGCCCAGGCGUCCUCCAAGCUUCUCUCCUACACCAUGUUGGGAGUUUUGAAGCGCCCUAUCGUGGUGACUGCCGACAUCAACUUGAACGUCGUGGCCCUGACUGGAGUGGGACUUCUGAGCCGACUGUGGCAACUCUCCUACCCACGCGCUGUGGUUUUUGAUGAAGUAUAUUAUGGGCAGUACAUCUCUUUUUACAUGAAACGGAUCUUCUUUUUGGAUGACAGUGGACCUCCAUUUGGCCACAUGCUGCUGGCGUUGGGAGGUUACUUAGGAGGAUUUGAUGGUAACUUUUUGUGGAACAGAAUUGGAGCAGAGUACAGUAGCAACGUGCCCGUGUGGUCCUUGCGCCUGCUGCCAGCACUUGCAGGGGCACUCUCUGUCCCCAUGGCCUACCAGAUUGUGUCAGAGCUCCACUUUUCUCACUCUGCUGCCAUGGGAGCUGCCCUGUUGAUGCUUAUAGAGAACGCCCUGAUCACUCAGUCCAGACUCAUGCUUUUGGAGUCAUUGUUGAUAUUUUUUAAUCUCUUGGCUGUGUUGUCCUACCUGAAGUUCUUCAACUCCCAAAAACACAGCCCUUUCUCUCUGCACUGGUGGUCCUGGCUGAUGCUGACUGGGGUGGCUUGUUCCUGCGCAGUUGGCAUCAAAUACAUGGGUGUUUUCACGUACUUGCUCGUGCUUGGUGUCGCAGCCUUCCAUGCCUGGCACCUGAUUGGAGACCAGACUUUGUCAAAUGGCCGUGUGUUCUCUCACUUGCUUGCCAGAGCCGUGGCCUUGUUGGGCGUCCCGGUCAUCCUGUACUUGCUCCUCUUCUACGUCCACUUGAUGCUGCUCUACCGCUCUGGGCCCCAUGACCAAAUCAUGUCUAGUGCCUUCCAAGCCAGCUUGGAGGGAGGGCUGGCCCGCAUCACCCAAGGCCAGCCACUGGAGGUGGCCUUUGGUUCCCAGGUCACCCUGAGGAGUGUCUUUGGCAAACCCUUGCCCUGCUGGCUCCAUUCCCACCAGAGCACCUACCCCAUGAUAUAUGACAAUGGCCGGGGCAGCUCCCACCAGCAGCAGGUGACCUGUUACCCCUUCAAGGAUGUCAACAACUGGUGGAUUGUGAAGGAUCCUGGGAGGCACCAGCUGGUGGUGAACAGCCCUCUGAGACCCGUGCGGCACGGGGACGUGGUGCAGCUAGUCCAUGGCAUGACUGCCCGCCUCCUCAACACGCAUGAUGUUGCGGCUCCCCUGAGUCCCCACGCGCAGGAGGUCUCCUGCUACAUUGACUACAACAUCUCCAUGCCCGCCCAGAACCUCUGGAGGCUGGACAUUGUGAACAGAGAGUCAGAUAGAGACGUCUGGAAGACCAUCUUGUCAGAGGUGCGCUUCGUGCAUGUGAACACGUCUGCCGUGCUGAAGCUGAGCGGGGCACACCUCCCUGACUGGGGGUUUCGGCAGCUGGAGAUUGUAGGGGAGAAGCUGUCACGGGGUCACCACGGGAGCAUGGUGUGGAACGUGGAGGAGCACCGGUAUGGCAAAAGCCAGGAGCAAAGGGAGAGGGAGCUGGAACUGCACUCCCCUACUGAGGUCGACAUCAGCAGGAACCUCAGCUUCAUGGCCAGAUUCUCGGAACUGCAGUGGAGGAUGCUGACACUGAGGACUGAGGACUCCGAGCACAGGUACAGCUCCACGCCGCUGCAGUGGGUCACCCUGGACACCAGCAUUGCUUACUGGCUGCACCCCAAGACCAGCGCUCAGAUCCACCUGCUUGGAAACGUCGUGAUCUGGGCCUCGGCCAGCCUCGCCACCGCGGCCUACACCCUGCUCUUUUUCUGGUACCUGCUUAGACGGCGAAGGAACGUCUGUGACCUCCCCGAGGAUGCCUGGCAGCACUGGGCCUUAGCCGGGGCCCUGUGUAUCGGCGGCUGGGCACUGAACUACCUGCCCUUCUUCCUGAUGGAGAAGACGCUCUUCCUCUACCACUACCUGCCCGCACUCACCUUCCAGAUCCUUCUGCUCCCGAUGGUCCUGCAGCACGUCAGUGAUUACCUGUGCAGGUCCCAGCUGCAGAGAAGCCUCCUUAGCGCCCUGGUCAUAGCCUGGUUUUCCACUGCAUGCCACGUGUCGAACAUGCUGCGCCCACUGACCUAUGGGGACAGGCCACUCUCACCCAGUGAACUCCAGGCCCUUCGCUGGAAAGAUAGCUGGGACAUCCUGAUCCGAAAACACUAGCAGAACCAGCACGAGAGCCGUCGGGCUGGGUAGGGCAGGCUCUUACAGCGCGCUCAUCUUUCACAAGCAGAGGGCUCUCAGCCUGCAGUCUGGCGGGCUCACGGGGAUGCCCCGGAACUUAAUUGUGGUUUCAUUCUUGAAGCAGUCCUCUGAAGAGCACCUCAUUUGGAGUGGUUUUAUUUUUCUCUGAAGAACUUUUUCCCUCCACACCCUCCCACCCAUGAGUUUCAAUGGCCAGCACAGGAGCCACUUGCAAGCAGGCCAGUGACAUGCAAGCCAGGACCUGCCUGACAGGCCCUCACGGCAUGGGCUUGGCAUUUGAUCUGAUGGGCUCACUCAUCCAAGCAGGCCAGCCCUGUCCUCAGCAAGGGCCUGCAGGGUCGCCCUGGACAGCCAUCUGUUGGUGUGAACAUCUUUUUGAGGCCUCCAGUGAAUGCUGUUUAAAGACUGUGACUCCUCAGGUUGCUUUUUAGAAACACUUCUGUGAGAUUUUGCUGAGACAACAGUGGAGGUUGGGUCAUCCAGACGUGUCUCUGCCCAUGAUACGCUGCCUUCUUCAAUAGAAAUAAAGAGACAAA